CUUUCUUCUUUCAUUAUGUUCAAGCUUGCCAUUGCCGCGCUCGCGGUGGUCGCAGUGGUCGCCUCCGCUGUCGCCAACCCCGACGCCGAGUUUGUCUCCCACUUUACCGAAAAGUCCCUCCGCGACGUCGGCACCAACGAGUCCAUCUGCGCCUCCAACGUCAACUCGUACGCAGGCUACUAUGCGUUGACUGCCACCAAGCACUACUUUUACUGGUUCUUUGAGUCGCAGCAAAACCCGAGCACUGACCCCGUGAUCCUCUGGCUGACUGGCGGCCCUGGCUGCGCUUCUGAGCUCGCCCUCUUCUACGAAAACGGCCCUUGCACCAUCAACGACGACCUCAGCACCAAGGCCAACCCUUACUCGUGGAACACUUUUGCCAACUUGCUCUACGUCGACAACCCAGUCGGUGCUGGCUUCUCGUACGGCCUCUUCCCCGUCGACUACGACCGCAACGAGGACCAGAUCGCCAACGACCUGUACAAGUUCAUCCAGGAUUUCAUCACUGCCCACCCCGAGUUUGCCAAGAACGAGUUCUUUGUCUUUGGCGAGUCGUACGCCGGACACUACGUUCCCGCUCUCGGCUACAAGAUUUACACUGCCAACCAAGGCUCCGAGGGCAAGUACAAGAUCAACCUCAAGGGCAUUGCCAUCGGCAACGGUCUGACUGACCCCGAGGUCCAGUACCGCUACUACCCCGAGUACGCUUUCAACAACCCCGUCAAGCCCCUCAUCACCCAGGCUCAGUACAACACUGCUCUCGCCGAGGUCCCCGGAUGCAUUGCUCUGAUUGCCAAGUGCCAGAACGGCACCAUCGCCUGCUUUGAGGCUGAGACCCUUUGCAACAGCGAGCUCCUCUCGCCCCCGCUGUCCACUGGCGUCAACCAGUAUGACAUUAGCAAGAACUGCACCUACCCCCCGCUCUGCUACGAUUUCGACAACCUCAACCGCUUCCUCGCCCAGACCACCGUCCGCGACACGCUUGGCGUUGGCAAGCACACUUGGUCGCAGUGCAACAACCUUGCGCACGAGUUCCUCACCUUCGACUGGAUGAAGAACUACCAGGACAAGGUUCCCCCGCUUCUUGCCAGCAACAUCACCGUCCUCGUCUACAACGGUGAGAACGACUUUGUUUGCAACUACAAGGGCAGCAAGGCCUGGACUCUUGCCCUCGACUGGGCCGGCAACUCUGGCUUCAACGCUGCUGGUGACCACACUUGGAACGGUGCUGGUGGUGUCGCUGCUGGCCUCGCUCGCUCGUACGGCGGCCUCACCUUCCUCCAGGUCUUCAAGGCCGGCCACAUGGUCCCCCUCGACCAGCCCGCCAACGCUCUUGCCAUGGUUGCCUCCGUGGUUUCGCACACUCCGUUCUAAACCAAUCAGGUGUCUCAACAGAUGGUUGUUGGUUUUUUUUUUCAUCAAAAUAAAGUAAUCAAACAGUA